AUGAGUGGACAGUACAUCACGUUCACCCGUUGUCACUGCAGUCAGAAGUACUUGCAAAACGUGGGCUCGCGCGGGUUGGCACGGGCUGGACGGAGCGACGGAGCUACUUAUAAGGCGCAGCUGGGGGCAGGCCCUGCGGCGACCUCAACUCGCCAGUCUCGCAAGAGCAAGAAGGUCGUCAUCGGUCCUGACCGCCAGACCGGGACUGAAGGCUUGGACUUUGGUGGAACACGCUGGCUUUACCGCACCUGCGUGGAACUGGCCGAAGGCACCGAUGAGGCCCCAGCUUUGGCUGGAGCUCGAGUUCUGCCCCUCGCACUGCCGCGGGCAGCUAUCCUGGCAUUGCUGGACAGCGUGGCGCCCCCACUGCUCCCGGCUUGCGCUCAUGGAGGCACUCUGGCUCGAAAUCACUGGUGGGAGCUUCACGCUCGCAUGGCUUCUGGCACCAGCCCCCUAGUCACAUGGGCAGAGCUGGCUGCUGAAUUGGAUGGCCUCGCGGAUCUACAUCCCCGUAACGGGGCGGCAUGCGGCCACAAGGGCCUUCUGUGA